CGCAUGCGUCCGCCUUCCUGAUCGCAUCACUCCACUGUGUCGGUCCAACCUUGUGUCCUCAACAGGUCAUCAUGAAUCCACCCUGCGCUAAAUGCAACAAAACCGUGUAUCCAGUCGAGAAGCUGAACUGCCUCGACAAGAUAUGGCACAAGGCGUGCUUCCGAUGCUCGCAGUGUAAUCUCAAGCUGACGAUGGCUACGUACAAGGGCUACAAUAAGAUGCCGUACUGCAGAACACAUUACCCGACGACUAAGCACACUGAGGUGGCUAGUUCUGUUCAGGGAGAUGCUGCAAAGAAGUCUCAGAGGAUGGCCAGCAAUAUUGAUUACAAAAGCCAGCAUGAGGCUAGUCUGAAGAAUUUCACUCAGACAGCUGACACUGUGUCAAGCCGUCAUGCUACUUCUGCUCAGAAACAGGCCAGUGGCUAUAGAAGUGCUGAACACGAGUCUUACCAGCCGUCAUACCAAGGAUCUAGGGAAGAUCAUGGUCGUAGGGAAGAUCAUGGUCGUAGAUACGUGGAAGAGCCUCAGUAUGAACCCGAGCCAGAACCCGUUCCACAACCAAGCUCGAAAUCACAGGGGCCUCGCUACGUUGCCGUUUAUGAUUACACUGCAAGUGAUGAUGAUGAGGUCUCGUUCAAUAGUGGCGACUUCAUUGUGAAUGUGGAGACAAUUGAUGAUGGUUGGAUGACCGGAACAGUGGAAAGCACCGGCGAAACCGGCAUGCUUCCAUCCAACUAUGUCGAGGCUGUCUAAAUUGGUAACUGACAGAAAAUGUGGCAACUCUUGCGUGGCGCUCACGUUGGUGACGGUAGAAUAUUAUGAAAUAGUUUGUGCAGGGUUUGAUUUGGACGUUUUCACAUGUUUAUGGCAUUUAUGUAACCUUGCUCGCAUUCAUGUGCAUGUGCUUGCUUUGAUACUGGAUGCAUGAUUUCUCCAAUUUGUGCGCACGGAUGGAGGAAUAAUGGCAGUAGGGUGUUCAGUCA